AUGGCCAAACAAGAAAAUGUGGUGCGCCUACAUGAAAAAAACUGCACUUAUGGGAGGUUUCAGCUAGACGAUAUUCCAUGUCCACAUGCAAUGGUAGUUAUACAAAAAUUCCAUAUGGAUUCAUACAAGUAUUGCUCGGAUUACUACAGCAUAGAGUACUUGCUGAAAACAUAUGAGAUACCAGUAAAUCCUUUGCCUGAUGAAACAAUGUGGAAAAUUCCAGAACAUGUCUCUUCGCAGGUGGUACCGCCACCAAAAGGAAAAAGCAAACCAGGAAGACCUAAAAAGAAGAGAGGCAUAGGAGGCUGGGAAGGAAAUACAGUUACAUGUGCACUAUGCGGGAGAAAAGGACACAACCGGAGAACAUGUCAAAAUAUUCCAAAGAGAGAUUGA